AUGUCCAGCGACUUCGAGACUCUCUCGUGCAACCUGGAGAGCAGUGAACCUCGGCGGAGACACUGCCGCCGCAGCAGCAGCAGCAUCGGGUGCGACUCUGACACGCUCGAUGACCUUAUCGCCGACGACGAUGCGCAGCUGCUGCGCCGGCUCGCGGUUCGCAACUCAGCUCCCGGCGCGGGUGCUCGUCGUGCGCUCUCUAGUGACCACGCCAGUGCACACUUGGGUCGGCGUGAGUCGGCUUUGUACGGCUACCGCGCCUACGGUGUGACGGGCGGAGUCGCAGCGACUUCGCCGGCUGCGCGCGGCGGUGCCUGUGGCACGAUGCCUCUCUCCACCAAGGGCCCCAUCACCUGCUGCCACCAACCUGCCACCGUUGCGCACACCACUGUCAAGAGCACGGAUAGCCUGGACAACCUGGGCGGUGCUUUCACCGCCACGGUAGUGACCCCGCGCGCCCCAGGUGGGGGGGGCGUCUCAUGGGCAUCAGCGACAGCGGCGCCCACGACCACCGCCGCCCAUGCCUCGGCGUUCCGUGACAGGGAGGCGGCGUCGCUGGUCGAGCGCCAGGUGACAUGCCCGCCGGACACCAGCUCCCUCACCUCUGUCACGAGCGCCGCGACCAUGACUGCCUCUGCUACCACGGGUCGCACGCACGACUCAACUAACGACGAUGACAGCUCUGAAGACAAUGAAGGAGCGGAGGAGGGUCGGGCACACCUCAAAGGCGGCCACACCGUGCAGCACCGGCGGCUAGCGCACGACGCAUCGGAAGCAGCCGCAGCCUCACGUACGCCACAGCCUACCUCGCGCGCCCCGCCCCACCGCAGUGCACGGGACUUUGACGGCUUCUACAACACGGGCUUGUUGCUGGAGGAUGAUGAUGAUGACGACGACGAUGCGGCUGAGAGUGAGCUGAGUCGCCGUCCCGCUCGCGCGGUCGACAGCGCUGCCGCACCAUUUCCAUCCACGGCACUCAACGCGAGUCUUCUCUACAUGCAGGGCCCAGCUGGACAACGCGGCAGCGAUGCACCUAUCAGCUUUCGGCGCGCGCAGGCAGCCCCUGCAACGCCAGGCCCACACACCAAAGGACAUGGCAAGCGUCCCGCCUCACCGACGUCCGCCAAAAAAUCGACGGUCACCGCAGCGCGUCCUUUGUUUAUCGCCUCGCGACGCGAGGCAGCUAGCGAAGAGUUGUGUCGGUUGGCUGUGGCGCUGCCCACCAUGACGACGGUGCACUGGCUCUCGCUCGUCAUCACUCUUCUCGUGCCAGUCAACCUGCUGUGCCUUGAUGUGAUGGCGCUGGGGUGGAUACGGCGGCGCGUGGACGCGAGCUACGGCGGCACAUCUGCGUUGCCGUCAUCUGGCCUGACCACCUCACCCACUUCCUUGCGCGUAGUGAUCUGUGGUGCUGCGGGGGUCUCGACCGGCGUCGCAGAAGCUCCGUCGUCGUGCGGGAACGACUCCGGGUUCACAUUCAACAUGGGCGCCCCCACCUUCACCUCCACCUCCGGCGGCGGCGGCGGCUGUGGUAGAAGCGGGAGCAGCAGCGGCGGCAGCACUGCCGGCGCCGGCAACCCACGAAGGGUCGACGCGAAAACGUCUUCGUUCUCGUCUGCGCACACGGUGCCUGCCCUGUGCAGCGUCAUUCUGUGGCUCUUGGCCCCCAACGGACUUCUCUGCCGACUUGUUAUACACCGGCUCCGGCGACCCACUGGCGAAGCAGUUGCUGACGAUCAUGAGCCGGAGGACGAGUCUGUGGUGAACCUAUCGCCAUCGUUGGCAGCAACGGCAGCAGCACCGAGCACACCAUCCCCACUGCACCGAUCAGCGGCAUCAAGCACCGAUGAGUAUCGCCACUUAAGAGCGGAGUGGCAAGUGUGUUGCGACGUCUAUGAGCGUGUGCGUCAGCUGGCACCACACCUGGAGGUGAUCGAGCUCUUUAUCCGGUACGCGUGUUUGUGGGUCAUGCUGCACGCCCCUCCCCUGCCGUGUGCGACAGUGGCGAGCGAGUGGACGGACGCGUGGCUACUGAAGGCGCCGGCGCCUGAAGAAGAGAAGGUGAUGGCGCAGAACAGCAGUCACUGGCGCGCCUCGAGCAGCGUCACAGCCUCGGUAUCGCCGCGCCGUGCUUCGGACGCCAUCGCGGCUGCCUGA